UGAUAUUCUAACCUAUUUAAUAAUUUAAUACAUAUUAGAUAACCUUAAAAAAUUUAAAUUUUUUUAUUUUUAAAUUUAAUGGCUUUAUACACAAGUCGUUUAUUAUUACAAAACCUUUUAUGUAGCAGUGUAAGAAAUUCCAAACAAAUGGAUGUGACAUGCAGACGGAUAUCAUCAGUCAUAUAUAGAAAAACUAGACAUAAAGCGAGAUUUGUUCAAUGCAUCUAUCCAAGUAGUAUUCAUACUUCUUUUGUUAACUCUAAAAGACGAAAAACUGCAGAAGAACGUAAAUCACCAAGAAUAAUAGAGUAUUCUCCAAAAGCAAAAGGUGAAAUUAUUGAUGUAUGGAGGAACAUUACUUUAGAAGAAUUAGCAAAGGUUAUUAAUAAAGACAUCAAUUAUGUAUAUGACAUAUUUCUUAACCAAUUUAAUAACCCAAAAGUACCCAUAACUGAUAUAAAAUUGCUCCAACAAGGUAUCACUAGAAGUGGAAGAAGGAUGAGGAUCAUCGGCAAACCGGAAGACAAGAUAGAAGAAGUAAUUAAGAGAGAUACUUUUCCCAGACCUCCACCUAGCAAAUCGGAGCUCAAACCUCGGCCUCCAGUUGUCACUGUUAUGGGUCACAUAGAUCAUGGGAAAACGACUUUACUCGAUGCUCUCAGAAAUGCAAGAGUUGUAGAUGAAGAAUUUGGAGGCAUCACUCAACAUAUUGGUGCUUUCUCUGUAGUUCUGGAUUCUGGUGCAAGAAUCACUUUUUUAGAUACUCCAGGACAUGCGGCUUUUACGGCGAUGAGAUCGAGGGGAGCUAAUUUGACAGAUUUGGUAGUUUUAGUUGUGGCGGCAGAUGACGGGGUAAUGGAACAAACUUUGGAAUCCAUUAAAAUGGCGAGGCAAGCGAGAGUGCCAAUCCUUGUUGCAAUUAAUAAAAUAGAUGCUCCAAAAGCUGACAUAGCUAGAACACAAAAAAUGCUGGUGGAAGCAGGUAUCCAAGUAGAACAACUAGGAGGUGAUGUUCAAGCAAUCCCUAUAUCAGCUUUGAAAAAACAAAACUUAGAACAAUUAACAGAAGCGUUAGUUCUGCAGGCAGAAUUAUUAGAAAUCGGAGCAGAUCCUACAGGACCUGUUGAAGCCGUUGUUGUAGAAAGUAAACUUCAUCAACAUAGGGGAAAAUUGUGUACCGUUAUUGUUCAAAGAGGUACCUUAAAAAAAGGUGAUAUAUUGGUAGCAGGAACUUCGAUGGCGAAAGUUCGAUCUCUUAAAGAUGACAAAGGUAAAUUGUUGCAAGAAGUACCACCAGGAUAUCCUGUAGAAAUAGAAGGCUGGAAGCAACUUCCACCUGCUGGUGAACAAGUACUUCAAGUUGAGUCUGAGAAAAGGGCACGAGAAGUUCAGAAAUUUAGGGAAGCAGAACAAGAAGCUGGAAAGGCUAAAGAGGACAGCAAAGUAAUACAAUUAAAAGAAGAACAACAUAAUAAGGAGUACAAAGAAAAGCUAGAAUUGAAGAGAAAAAUGGGGAGAUUUAAGAUAAGACCAGAUGGUCCCCGAAAACCAGAAAUUCAAGAUGACGAUGGUACACCUUCUUUAAAUAUUAUACUUCGCGCCGAUGUCGAUGGUACUUUGGAAGCUAUUCUGAAUGUAUUAGAUACAUACGCUUCUGAAAGUUGCAAAAUGGAUUUAGUGCAUUACGGAGUUGGUCAAAUAACUGAAACAGAUAUUGAGCUGGCUGAGACAUUUAAAGGUGUAAUAUAUGCUUUCAACGUUAGUCUACCUCCCAAUCUAUCAAAACUUUCCGAAAAUGUUCGAAUAAAAAAUCACAACGUUAUAUAUAAACUGAUAGAUGACGUUAAAGAAGAACUUAAUUCCCGGAUACCACCCAAAGAGGAGGAAGAGAUUUUAGGCGAAGCAGUUGUUCUACAGGUAUUCGAAAUCACUCAGGAUCGUAAAAAGGUUCUUGUAGCUGGUUGUAGAUGUGAAAAAGGAGUAUUAAAACGAGUUGGAAUGUAUAAAAUUAUUAGACAAGGGGAAGUAAUCCACACAGGUAAUUUAUCUUCCAUGCGGCAUUUAAAGAACGAGGUUGAUGUGAUUAAAACUAAUACGGAAUGCGGUCUGCAGUUUUCUGCUAAAAUCAUAUUUGAACCAAAUGAUGUAAUAGUCUGCUUUGAAAAGAAAUUAGUACCACAAAAAACUGAUUGGGAUCCAGGAUUUUAAUAAAAAUGUUUUAGUUAGGUAGUAAAUUAUGAUUUUUGUAAAUAAAGUGUUACCAA